GCUUCUGAAAAAGUUUGAGAAAUGCAACGCGACUCCUUCGAUUGACAGAACAGUUUUCCGGGAUUAUUGUUAUGUAAACAGGCGCUUCUGAGUCACGUUUAGCCCAGGAUCCGGUAAAUACCUGAGCAAGACUAGUUCCAAUGAGAAAGAAUGCGGUAUAAUCAGUGUGUAAAGCGCCUUUCCACUGUCUGACUGCAGUCAGCGAGACCUCCUCGGCUCUCGUCCCCUGCUCUCCGAGGGCGGAUUUCAAUCAAUGUCUGCGAAAGAACGUGGACACACCCUGGUGUGAAAACCUGAGCAGGAGGUGUAGCCACGGACGUCUGUGUGUUUAAAACUCCCACGUCACGACAGCACCCCUAGAAGAGGUUUAAAAAAAAAAAACAAACUCAAACAAAAAGGCAUUUCGAAACAUGGCUGCUGACCAGCUCCUCCUGUCCGCAGUUUCUCUCAUAUCAGCCCUCCAGCUGGGUUAUCUGGCACGCUGUGUUGGACGCUCCAGACUCAAGCACAACAUUUCACCUCCAACCACCACAGGACAUGCGGAGUUUGAAAGGACUUUUCGUGCCCAGUGGUUCUCGGCUUAUGACAGGGAUCCCUUCUCUCACCCGUCUCAGAACUGCGUGGAAGCGUACCUCCCGUUCCUGGUGACGCUCUGGGUGUCAGGCCUCUUCUUCCACGAAGGACUGGCAGCUCUUGGUGGACUUGUAUUUAUUUUUGCACGCCAAAUGUAUUUUAAUGGCUAUGUCACCUCUGCUAAGAACAGGUUACCAGGGUUUUACCUGACUCUUGCUGCUUGGCUCACGUUGGCAGCCUUGGGCACUGUUGGAAUUCUUCACCACUUGCUUGAUGAAUACCUUGACAUCAAUUUGCGCAAGAUGCUCUUCAAAAGUUAAACCUUGUGCGGUCUCCCAGGAGCCUGUUUAUCUCCCUCUUCCCAGGUAACCAGUACUUCACUGGACUCUUUGGGUUGGGUUCAGGAUAACACCUGCCAGCAUUAUUGGAAAUCUUCAUUAGGUCCUCAGCUAACGCGCUGGAGUAGAAGGGAUUACAGAUGUUUUUUGUACUUAGCACAUUUCCCUGUUUGUACAAAAAUGCAAUCCCAUAAACCUUCAUUGUCAUCUAGAAAUAUGUAUAUAUGGAGAGUUGUAAACCUAUAAUCCACUGAAGGGCCUCACCACUGACAGCUGUACUGGGAAUAAAUAUGAA